GCAUGCUAGUUAGUGAGAAUUGGUCCUUAAAAUGUAGUGUUACCAUUACUUUAAUAUUACAGAAUAGGCUAUCUGAGUAACAACUGCUUGGUUAAAAAAAAAAAAAAAAAUUGAAUCAACAAGAUGGUUUAACUUUGGGUGGCCCAAAAUCAAAGGAUGUCGCUGUCACGUUGGAGCAGACGAGUGUCACGCCUCGCGCAAAUAAAAUCCUGCGCAGUUUCGAGAAGCAGUGAACUUGACAGCUCUGCUCUCCUCUGAUGUGCCUCAUGGAUCAGAGGGAUUCCGCAGACGCUACAAGAUGACAGAGGUCAUCAGGGGCCAGCUGCACACUUUAAAAGUCCUGUCCACAGCUCGGCCACCCCGAACACUCGGACAUCAGACGAGCCAGGAGGAGGACCCGGACGCAUUCGAUCGGUUCACGAUUGAAAACUUCACUGAUUCGCGAUGGAAACUCAGCCAGUCGUCUUGUUCGCUGUCUUGGUGGGUUCCCUGAUGCACGCUGGCUGCGUAAAGAUCUCUAAUCGCGGCGCACUCAUGGGAGAACAACGCAAAGCCUUCGUAGAUUCAUAUUCCGAUCUCAGUCUCCAGUGGUACCCCAGGUACCCGCUGUACAUGAUGCAGUUAUACAGAGACUUGAGCGGCAGGAUGCCAACUACACCAGCCAGUGUGGACAGCCCAGCUCUUCAUCAGUCUGACUUCGUCCUAAGCCUGAUCGCACAAGACUGUCAUCAAAUUGGCGAGCGAUGGAUCGUCACUUUUGACAUGUCUUCCCUCUCAGCGAGUGACAGCAUUCAACUCUCGGAGCUCCGCGUCCGUCUGCCAGCGUUUUCUGCAUCCAGGCGCGUUAUUGUGGACGUCUUCCACUCACGCGAACAGGAUUGUGAGUUUGACUCGGUGUUCUGUCGCCAUAAGCGACUUUUUAUAGGCAGCAUCGAGUCAGUGCCCGGCUCUCCAUCAUCAGCCUGGAGAGUUUUCAACAUCACAGAGCUACUCGAGCACUGGCUGAGUCCGGGAACGGAGACACCUGAGGACGGAGAGGACACCGGGAGCGGGGAAGACUCACCUGAACCGGUUACAGAUAGCUGGCGACGAAAAAUUAAGCAUCCCACUGCAGAACGAGUUAUGAUUGUAGUGUUCUUCAAAAACAAAAUUUCCCACGCUGGCCGACAACGUGCCUCCAGCUUGAUCAGUACAGUGGCGCACUCCAAAUAUGUCGCCCUGAACCGGGCACCAGACGCAGCUCAAGCUCGACGCCACAAAAGGAACCGGGUCGAAAGGAUGCGCGCAACGGAUGAUAGAAACGCCACGGGAAUAGUAACACCUCUAGAGCAGCAACAAGGGUCACUUUGUCAUAGAGUCGAUAUGUGGGUGGAUUUUGAUCAGAUUGGAUGGGAUGAAUGGAUCGUGCAUCCAAAGCGUUAUAACGCUUACCGCUGCGAAGGCCAAUGUCCAAGUCCACUGGACGAGUCUUUCAACCCAACAAACCACGCCUAUAUGCAGAGUUUGUUGAAGCUUUACCAUCCGGAGCGCGUCACCUGUCCGUCAUGUGCGCCGACGCGCCUCAGCGCGCUCUCCAUGCUGUACUAUGAAGGCGACGGUGUGGUCAUGCGCCACCACGAGGACAUGAUCGUGGAGGAGUGCGGUUGUCAGUGAAGUGUGUUGCUGUGCUGUCAGAGAACUCUGAUGUGCACUUCCAGUGGACUGCUCUUAUGACAUUUCACAAUUAUGUUUUUGAACGAAAACAUCUUAAAAACCACUGAAAUGCUGUGCAAAUUAUGGAAAUAUUUAAUAUUUAAAAGAAAUUCAUGUAAAUAUUUUGUAUGUGGGAGUGAAUGCUAUAUUUUUACUUAAUGUACAUAUGUAUUGUGAUAAAAUGUGAUGUGAAAUGUGUUUUUUUAUAUUAUCAGCAGGUUUGAUACAUUUUUAUAUAAACUAUAAAAAUAAACUAAUAAAGCAAAACAUUAUUUCAGUAUUUUAUUUUGUUGAUUUUGUUAUAUGUUGUACUGUAGUUUGGGGCAAUCAUCAUUUUAGUAUAGCCCCAGUGAUUUCUUAUU